ACCUGUUUCGUCGCAACUCUCUUUAUCACGCUCUUUAUCACACAAACUGCGAUUGACGCUGCCGCACUGGUUACUGCCUGCCGACGGCAACCGGACGCUUCCCUGACUCUGGCGCCGCUAGCAGCCUCCUCCUAUCAUCCUCUUUUCCUAUCUUCCUUUGCCUCUUUUCCUCUGGCUCUGUCUCCACGCGGAGUUAGCGCCGGACCGUAUAAGCGAGCCAAGGUAAAUGGCCGGGGGCACCCCUCUCGGCGGCAGCAGCGACCUAGGAGGCGGAAUCAGCCCUUCCCUGGUGAAAAUCGUUCUGGUUUCAAUGGCCCUGGGCCUCGCCGGGUACAUCGUAGGCCCCCCGCUCUACUGGCACAUUGCCGAAGCCCUCGGCAGCUCCUCCUCCUGCCCUCCUUGCGCCGCUUGCGAUUGCUCCGCUCAGCCCCUCCUCUCCGUUCCUGAAGAGUUGAUCAACGUGUCCUUCACAGAUUGUGCAAAACAUGAUCCAGAGGUCAGUGAAGAAAUGGAUAAGAAUUUCAGAGACCUUCUUGCUGAAGAAUUGAAGUUGAAAGAAGAACAGGCAACUGAAGCUCAACAUCGUGCCGAUGUUACAUUGCUCGAGGCAAAGAAGAUGGCUUCACAAUAUCAAAAAGAAGCCGACAAGUGCAGUUCAGGGAUGGAUACUUGUGAGGAAGCCCGAGAGAGGGCGGAGGCAGCACUACUGCAACAAAAGAAACUAACCGCUAUGUGGGAGCAGAGAGCUCGGAGGCGAGGAUGGAAAAAUGCUCAUGCUUAUUAAUGAUAUCACGUUCCAUUUCCUGGUGAACCAAAUGUAUCUUUCUAGCUGCCUCCGAAGCAAUCUUCCAAGUUGUCCAUACUAGAUUUGCUCCUCAAAGGGAAGUGCACUAGUGAAAAUUCGUUUCAUAUUUAUGACAACGAUUUUAAUCCAUACGCAGAAUAACAUCCUGCUACAUACCGUCUGCCUCGCAAGACGCUUUUGUGUCCUUUUGUUGUAUUAAAAAAAAUGGUACCUCUUAAUUAGAGGCAUGAUGUUUGGCAAUGCUAUUUGUUUUCUCAAUAUAAUUUAGAGCAAA